CAAGUUUUUACGCACGGGGAAGUGCAACGAAUUGUUUGCAUGUAGUCAGCCUUUACCAUGCAAUUGUGUAAAAUCAAACCUAUAUAAAAAUAAAAAAACCACAGAUAGCCCAUUAUGAUUAACAAGGGUCCCCUGUGGAAAAGAGUGCGGUCUUACGCUGGACCGGUUCCGAGAGCGAGGCACGGGCACCGGGCCGUGGCCAUACGAGAGCUGGUGGUUGUGUUUGGAGGUGGAAACGAGGGAAUAGCGACCAAUCUGCAUGUUUAUAACUCGGUGACCAAGCAGUGGUUCCUACCGGCAGUGAGAGGUGAUAUCCCACCUGGUUGUGCCGCUCAUGGCUUCGCUUGUGAAGGCACACGGAUCCUGGUGUUUGGAGGGAUGGUUGAAUUUGGCCAGUAUACCAACAGUCUCUAUGAACUGCAGGCCAGUCGAUGGCUGUGGAAGAAACUGAAGCCCCGCCCACCUAAGAACGCAUCACCUCCAUGCCCACGAAUCGGCCACAGCUUCACUCUUCAUGCUAAUAAGUGCUAUCUUUUGGGUGGAAUGGCCAAUGACAGUGAAGACCCAAACGGAAAUAUACCACGGUAUUUAGAUGACUUCUAUGAGCUGGAGCUGCAGGCUCAAUCCGGGGUUAAAGGCUGGAGCAUUCCUGAAACCAAAGGUGGAGGCCCAUCAGCCAGAGAGUCCCAUAGUUCUGUGGUGUACUGUAGCAAGGGUGGCGGUUCUCCAAAGCUCUACAUAUUUGGGGGCAUGUGUGGGCACAGACUGAAUGACUUGUGGCAGCUAGACAUUGAGACUAUGACUUGGUCAUUGCCUCCAACCAGAGGGCAACCGCCACUACCCAGGAGUCUUCACACCUCCAAUGUGAUAGGAAACAAGUUAUAUGUGUUUGGAGGAUGGGUUCCCGUCGGAGAGGAAGAAGAGACGCUCGCUGCUGAUGGAGUCAAGUGGAUCUGCACCAACUCUCUUUCCAUACUAAACCUUGACACACUGACAUGGCAUAACCUGACACCGGAAGAACACCAGCAGGGAUUGGCUUCAGGUGUACCGUCGGUCGAACAGGAAGAGGGCAGCGCACACUGGCCGAAAGCACGAGCUGGGCAUUGCGCGGUAACCGUCGGCACUCGUUUAUAUGUCUGGAGCGGGAGGGAUGGAUACAAAAAGUACAAUAACUACCAGGUCUGCUGCAAAGAUCUGUGGUACCUGGAAACAGAGAGGCCUUCCACUCCUGGCGCGGUGUUCCUUGUGAAGUCCACGAUCAGUAUGCUGCAUGUCGCCUGGCGGCCCCUGCCGGCGGCUGAGUGUUACCUGCUUCAAGUGCAGCCGAUCACGUCUCCUCAUUCCUCUUCAAGUGAACCACAGUCUACAACAACUCCUCCACCAGACCUGGGAGACAGAAAGGAACUUAUACAGAAAGACUCUCAGCCAAGUGCAGAUGUCAAAGUUAAAGGAGAGAGAGAAUCUUCAUCACAGGAAAGCCUUUUGAGGCCAAAAGGAAAAAGUGAGGAUGGAGCAGACAUUCAACCAACAGGGGACAAAGGUAGAAAAGCAAAAACUGCUGAUCAAGAAGGUGUUUCCGUGAUAACCUCAGACAUGAAUAAGGCCGGUAAGCUGAAUAGUGCAUCUCAGUGUCAGAAAGAACGAGAAAUCUCUUCGAUACCAUCCCAACAGUCUGAGAUCACAAAGGAGUCUGUGUGGUUUGAUGUGGGUGUGUUUAAAACACUGUAUUGUGAGGUUACACACUACUUCCUGCCUUCUGAGAAUGGAGACAUGGCAUCGAUCCUGUCUGCACAAAACUCAUCAGACAGUGAGUGGAAGCUGCCGGGUCCUCAUAGUUUUACGGGGCGUGAGAAGCAGGAAUUGGCAUCGGGAGUCACAUACAAAUUCAGGGUGGCCGGACUGAACAGCCGAGGCCUGGGCGACUUCAGUCCCGUCAGUGAGUUUAAAACCUGCCAGCCUGGAUUUCCCGGGGCGCCGUCUGCUGUGAAAAUCACCAAGGAUACUGACUCUGUGCACAUCACCUGGGAGCCUCCCACCUCUCUCUCCGGGAAGAUCCUGGAGUAUUCAAUGUACCUGGCUGUGAGGAAGAGUCGAGGGAACAGCGUGGAGCGACCCGGCGAGCUGGCCUUUAUCCGAAUCUACCGCGGUACCAAGACUUCAUGCACAGUCAGCGAAGCCCAGCUGAGCAACGCGCACAUCGACUGCUCGGCACGGCCCGCCGUCGUCUUCCGAAUCGCUGCCAAGAACGAACAGGGCUACGGACCGGCCACUCAGAUCCGCUGGCUGCAAGAUGCGAGUAAGCUGAAAUCCUCAGUGACGCAGGCCGACUCCAGUGCUCCAGCAGCAGAGCCUGACACCACCUGCAGAUGAACUCUCACCCCAUGGGUCGCCCAGCUGUUUCACUGACCGCCAAAGCUCUAAUACUUCAGGACUGCAUUUCACUCUCGUAUAGCCUAUUUGAUGACUGAAAGUGACCUCAGUCCACCGUUUUUUUGUUUACACUGUAAGAUUUAGGUUUUAUCAAAGAUGCUCCUGCUGUUAGAAUCAGUCAGGGUCAUUAUCACUGUAAAACCAUGUACAUUUUACUUUAACACUUUUUAUACUGAGUUCAUAAAUAUAGUUUUAUUAAAUUGUUGUAGCCACAGGCAACUUUUUUUUAUCUUUUCGAAUACCUAAUCUGGUUUUUGUGAGCAAAAUUUGAUCACCCCUUAUUGGAAAACUAGAUACUUCUGCAUA